AAGCAGCAGACAGCUUCUCGUGUUCUCCAUCUCCAUCUGCUCUGCUCUCUCUGAAGAGAGCCCGGCCAGCCCCGCAGAGGGACAGCAGCAGCGGGACAGGCCGCCAGCCAGCCAGCCAGCGGGACAGCCGACCGGGCCGCGGAACGUUAGUCGUCGUCGUCCGGCCGAGACGCUCGAGGCGCCUGCUCGCUUCAUCAUCUGGUCCGCGCCCCGCAUCGCUGCAGCGCUCUUCUGUGAUCUGCUCUGCUCCGCUCUGCCGUGCCCUGCGCAGCGCAGCUCAGAGGGAUUUGCUCUCUCGACCGAGGAACAGAUCGGAGUCGCAUCGAGGGAGAGCGGCAAUGAUGGCCGCGGUGGAGCCAUCGGUGAUUGAUCCCACUCUGAGGGAUCAGCUGGACAUUGUGAUUCCGACCAUCCGGAACUUGGAUUUUCUGGAAAUGUGGAGGCCGUUUUUCGAGAAUUACCACCUGAUUAUCGUUCAGGACGGUGAUCCCACCAAGGUCAUCAAGGUCCCCGAGGGAUUCGACUACGAGUUGUACAAUCGGAACGACAUUAACAGAAUUCUGGGCCCCAAGGCUUCGUGCAUCAGUUUCAAGGACAGCGCUUGCCGCUGCUUCGGGUUCAUGGUCUCCAAGAAGAAGUACAUCUACACCAUCGACGACGAUUGCUUCGUCGCCAAGGAUCCAUCAGGAAACGAUAUUAACGCUCUCGAACAGCAUAUCAAGAACUUGUUGUCUCCUUCGACACCGUUCUUCUACAACACCUUGUACGACCCCUACCGCGAAGGUGCUGACUUCGUCCGUGGCUACCCCUUCAGCAUGCGCGAGGGAGCCCCUACAGCCGUUUCCCACGGCCUGUGGCUGAACAUCCCCGAUUACGAUGCACCCACUCAGCUGGUGAAGCCAUCUGAGAGGAACAAACGAUACGUGGACGCUGUCAUGACUAUCCCCAAGGGGUCCCUGUUCCCCAUGUGCGGAAUGAACCUUGGCUUUAACAAGGAUCUCAUUGGGCCGGCAAUGUACUUCGGUCUUAUGGGAGACGGUCAGCCAAUCGGGCGUUACGACGACAUGUGGGCCGGAUGGUGUGUUAAGGUUAUCUGUGACCACCUCGGAUUAGGUGUAAAGACUGGUCUGCCAUACAUCUGGCAUAGUAAGGCCAGUAACCCAUUCGUCAACUUGAAGAAGGAAUACAAGGGAAUUUUCUGGCAGGAGGAAAUCAUUCCUUUCUUCCAGCAGGUCGUUCUUCCCAAGGAGGCAUUAACAGUUGAACAAUGCUACUUGGAGCUCUCCAAACAAGUCAAGGAGAAGCUGAGCACGAUCGAUCCCUACUUCACCAAAUUGUCUGAAGCUAUGGUUACUUGGAUUGAGGCAUGGGGAGAGCUUAACGCCCCUGAUAAGGCUGGCGCUGAUAUGGGACCCUCAAAGGUCGGCAAGAAAUUAGCAGCCGCUUCCGCUUGAGAGCAAUGACACCUAACUUUAGCACUUAACUCUGGUAGAAAGUCUUGUCAUUCUGUUCGUGACCCGAUUUUGCAGCUCGAAUUAGAGUCACAAAAGCAGCUUAAGAAAGGCUACCAGUCACUUAUUUACCAAAGAGAUGGGCAAUGCGCUUACUCGCAGAUGGUCGAUAUUCUAGUUUUUAAGUAGGUCAGGAUACCAUAUUAGUUCGUUGCUGUCGAAAGCAGCUGGCCGGGGGAGUUAGGCUCCCCCACGAGGCUGUGAGAUAAGAGAGUACAUAGCAGCUGAUUCAUUGCGUUAAGAAGAUUAAUUCUUACUAUGUCCGUGGGGCAUUGAUCUACUCCGAUGCAUGGUAGACGCCAUUAUUUCUUCCCUCACAGAUUUAAUAAAAAACUUCUGGAAUCUCCAUUCU